GGUCUCCGAAAACGCGCACAUGCUCAAACCGCCGAUAAACAACUACUGCGUCUACAACGACGCCGUAACCGUAAUGAUAGUCGGCGGCCCCAACGAACGAACCGACUACCACAUCAACGAAACCGCCGAAUGGUUCUACCAACACAAAGGCGGCAUGCUACUCAAAGUCGUCGACACGACCCUCCCACCAGGCCAGCAAUUCAAAGACAUCCACAUCAACGAAGGCGACAUGUUCUUACUGCCCCCAAACACGCCGCAUAACCCCGUGCGCUUCAAGGAUACCGUGGGCGUGGUGCUGGAGCAGAAGAGGCCGGAGGGCAGUUUGGACCGCUUGAGGUGGUAUUGUCAGAACUGCGGGGAUAAGGUGUAUGAGGCGGCGUUUUAUUGUACGGAUCUGGGCACGCAGAUCAAGGAUGCGGUGAAUGCUUUCAAGGCGGAUACGGAGAAGAGGACGUGUAAGAGUUGUGGGACGGUUUGUGAUACUGCGCCGCAGCCCAAGAAGGCUUGA